AUGCAGGGGACGCAGCCGCAUAAACCACCGCAAACAGCAUGCAAUGAGGUAGGGAAGGCUGAGGACCCUGGGAGCAUUCCCUUGAAACAGCGUGAGACAACGCCUGUCUCACGACGGGCGCUUACGAGCCAUGCUCUGACAGCAAAGCGACACGGCAACCAAGAGGUAGGAGCACUCAAAGACCCCAAAGUGUGCCGUCUGACACAACAACUAAAGGGGGAUGUUGAAGCUUUUUUAACCCCACGCAAAACUUUUUUGCGCAGCGGUGGACUGAGGGAAAGGUAUGAGUUUGUAAUGCAGAUGCGCUCUAAUGAAACACAGGAGGCCCUCGCCCGUGAAGGGGAUCUUUCACGAAUCAUCAUUGAACUCCAAAAGCAUAUAGAGGACAUGAAGGCAUCACGAGAAUAUGAACGUGAGGUUCACGCACGAGAGUCUUUUUAUCUAGUUAAGGAAAAUGAGUCUCUCAAGGACCAAGUACGAGUGGCGGAAAAACUGUUCGCGGGUGCUAGAAGCAUGUAUGAUUUAGAGCUUUCCAAGCUAAGGACAAAGCUGUCUGACAUGGAAGAUCACCUUGCCAGCGAACAAGAAAGCAGCAAGCUGAGAGGGGCUGAGCAGGAACGUGUCAUUCAGCAGUUGUGCAGUAAUCUCUAUGCCACACAGGAGGAGCUGGAGCGUUAUGUGGGGAAAAACUGUGAGUUAGCUUCUGUGCAGCAAUCUGUGGAGGAACUGAGGUUGAAGAAUCAGAGGGCUCAGCGGGAAUGUACUGUAUGGCAGGAAAUACUUAGGCGACGUGAAGUGUUUAUGUUGCUCGAGCGCGACGUGUUUGUGGAGCUGCAGCGCCGUUGCAUGCAAGAAAGGAAUUGCUAUUGGCGACUACACGACGAAUUGCAUCAACAUAUAUUAUCUGGCAGAGUGGAGCAACUACUCAACCAGAUGCGAAGUGAGGCUGAGAUGUACGAUAAAAUGAAGCAGCUGAUGUUGGAGAACGUGACGGAAGCACUUGAGAGGGAUACAUGGGUGUCACGUCAUCUUUCCAAGUCUCAGGAACUCUCUCGCAUGAGCGAGCAGCACGAGGAGCUCUCCCUCUUACUCUCUCAGUACAUGCGUGAGUUGGAGGAAAACCAGAAGACUACUUUAGAGCAGGCCUUGUGUCAGAAGACAUUAGAUGACAUGACCCUUAGUUAUGUGCUUCGUCAACGCGACGAUGAAAUUUCUGACAAGCUGCGUACAUGGAAGGGGGCACUGCGGGAGGCGCAUAAACUUUUGACGGCGCUACUAAAACGGUAUGAACCCUUUCAACGUGGAGAUGAGGUUUUUGUCGCGAGAGUGAUGGAGUGGCUGGUGUCCGCUCCACAUGUAAAAGAAUUUGUUAGCGUGUGUGCUUGCUAG